GGCGAUCUUCCUGUCGCUUACGCCUGGCUUACCUUGACUAAGCUACUUUCUGUAUAUUUCUGUUCUGAUUUCUUCUGUUGCCUUUUUUAGUCCCUUAUUGAUGUGACUUACGUCAGUUGCUUGUUCUUGUUAUUGGUCCUUCUCCGCCUCUGCCAUUAUUUCCUAUGUCUACCUCUCGGCCUCCCGUGCUUUGCGAUACCGGCGGUGACCUACUGGAUCGGCUUGGCGUUGAAGGCUCCAUGCGCACCAGCCGAACCAUCGAGAUUCUGUCCUGUUCCGCUGUAGCCCGCGAGCUUAUUCCUCGGAAACAGAGUAAACCGCUCACUUUAGCCUAUGGAUAUCGCGUUAUCGCUACAUUGGUACAGGCUACCGGCGUUGAGCGUCGUCCCCCGUGCGACCGAUGCGCCCGCGCGAAUGGGCCCUGGAAACAAUGUGUGGUAUUGCAGUCCCCUGAGGGUAUACGGACUACGAAAGGGCGGCUGUGCUAACUGUUGGUGGAACAACACGA